AUUCUAGAUCACCCUCCUUACAAGUAUGAUGUAAUUAUUAUAGGAGCUGGAACAGCAGGUUGCGUAGUUGCAAAUAGACUCACAGAGAUCAGCGAAUGGAAUGUACUUUUAUUGGAAGCUGGAAGAGAGGAACCAGAAGUUACCGAUAUACCAGGAUUCGUGGUAGAUAUUGAAAAAACUGACAUUGAUUGGAACUAUAAAACUCAGUCAGAACCAAGUGCAUGUUUAUUUGAAAAAGGAUGUGCCUGGCCGCGUGGCAAAGUAAUGGGUGGAUCCGGUACAUUAAACUAUAUGUUGUACGUUAGAGGAAACCCAGAAGACUAUAAUGAUUGGGAAGAAUCGGGAAAUCUGGGUUGGGGUUACAAAGAUGUUUUGCCUUACUUCAAAAAAUCGGAAGACAACAACGAUGAGGAUAUUCUCAAGGAAAAUCUUGAAUAUCAUCAAACUGGAGGAUAUCAGUCUGUAGAAAGGUUUCCUUAUACAACACCAGAAGCAAAAACUAUUUUACAAGGACUUGAAGAACUUGGAUUUAAAACAAUAGACAUUAAUGCGGAGUCACAGUUAGGAGCAAUGAAUUUGCAGACAACAUCAUAUAAUGGAUCUCGUGCAAGUACAAACAAAGCGUUCCUUCGGCCAAUUAGAGGAAAAAGGUCUAAUUUGUUUAUAAAGACCAGAACUUUCGUAACAAGGAUUUUGAUUGACCGACGCACAAAGACAGCGAUCGGUGUUGAGUAUACAGAUUUUUGCACAGGUCAAAGUAGGACAAUAAUGGCAAAGAAGGAAGUGAUUGUAUCUGCAGGUGCUAUAAAUUCUCCAAUGGUACUCAUGCUUUCUGGAAUAGGCCCAAUUGAUGAGCUUCAGAAACAUGGUAUCGAUGUGAUACAGGAUUUAUUCGUCGGUCAUAAUCUUCAAGAUCACGUGAGUUUUACGGGACUACCUUGUAAGGUUGGUCAUGGAACUAUUAAUUGUACACAAAAAAUUGAUGAUUUGAAUUAUUAUCUCUCAACGAAUAGAGGUCCAUAUUCUACUACAGGUGUCUCUACGAUUACUGCAUUUUGUAGAACUAAAUAUGCAACAAAUCAGAGCGCUCCAGAUUUACAAUUGCAUUUUGUACCUGAUGGCGAUAAUAGUGUUUACUUCAAACAAUUUUUUAUCUGGCCAACUCUGCUACAACCGAAAAGUAGAGGAUUUAUUAAACUCAAUGACAUUGAUCGAACCUGGGGUGCACCUUUAAUUCAAGCAAGAUAUUUAACAGAGGAUUUAGACCUGAAAGUCAUGCUUGAGGGUGUCCGAAAAGCCCUAGAAUUAUUUAAUACUACAGUAUUCAAAGAAAAUAAUUUCCAACUCAAUGAAACGUCUUUGCCUCCUUGUGAUACAUUUCCAUUCAGUAGUGAUGAAUAUUGGAUCUGUGUCAUAAAACAAUAUACUCACACAGUAUAUCAUCCAGUUGGGACUUGCAAAAUGGGUCCUAACGAAGAUCCGAAAGCGGUUGUUGAUCCUACAUUACGUGUUCGUGGUGUUACAAAUUUAUGUGUAAUUGAUGCUUCCAUCAUGCCGAAUGUCAUUAGAGGAAACACUAAUGCUGUGACUAUUAUGAUUGCCGAAAAAGGUAGUGAUAUGGUAAAGCGAAAAUGGAAUAUGGAGUAA